CGAGCAGAUCAAACUCCCGCAGUUUACGAACGCCAUCAUGGCCGUCGUCUCUGAGGCGCGCGCGAGCCCCAAGCGCGCGUGCAAGACCGAGGUGAACUACCAAAACCAGGAGGACGAGGACGAGGACUCGGACGAGCUGGUCUGCAAGCCGAAGGCGAAGCGCCGCAAGGCGUCGACGCUGACGCAGGCCCAGGUCGAGGAGGCGUGCGCCGCGGGCGACGCCUACGUCGCCUCGGUGCUCGGCGCGCAGACGUCGUCCUUCGGCGAGGGCCUCCUCUUCUGCAUCAUCAGCAAGUCGCGGUGGGCGAACGUGAAGCCCAUGGAGGCGCGGCUCCUCGCGGGCGGCCUCGACCCGAAGCGCAUCCUCUGGAUCGUCGGCGGCGGCGAGCGGUCCGAGUACGAGGCCGCCGGCGCCCAGGGCCGCGUCGUCGAGGGCGGCGGCCUCUGCAACUCGCGGAACCUCGCGCUCGACGAGGCCCGGAAGUCGUCGAACGCGUGCGUGCAGCUCAGCGACGACCUCAAGAAGUGCGAGGUCGUGCGCGCGGGGCCGACGCUCGCCCACUUCCACGACGAGGCCCUCUGGACCAAGCCCGAGAGCCUCAAGAAGGCCAACGCGGCGGGCGCGGACAAGCUCCAGGCGACGCCCGUCGCCGCGGCCGCGCUCCUACUCAGCCUCCUCAAGGCCACGGACCGGCGCCUCGCGGGCUGCUACCCCAACGCGAACCCGGGCCUCGCGGCCGGCGUCGCGCCGAUCGGCGGCCACCACUUCAUCGUCGGCGACUGCCUCGUCGUCGACGUCGCGCGGACGGACCUCCGCUUCGACGAGCGCAUCACGCUCAAGGAGGACUACGACUACACGGCGCAGCACAUGCACGAGCACGGCGCCGUCUGCCGCUCGAACCGCGUCCUCUGCCUCUGGGAGCACUACUCGAACGCCGGCGGCGCCGUCGACGCGCGCUGCGACGCGCGCGAGCAGCACAGCAUCGCGCUCCUCAAGCACAAGUGGCCGGGCGCCUUCCGCCAGCACGGCACGCGCGGGCCCAACGAGGUCACCUUCGCCUGGGACCAGCGCGACGUCUCCCUCGGCGGCAAGAAGAACCAGCCCCGGCCGCCCGCGCCCGACGGCAUCGACGACGUCCCCAUCGAGCGCAAGCCCAAGGACGGCCAGAAGACGAUGACCUCCUUCUUCAAGAAGAAGUGAGCGCGUCGCAAGAAGCGCGCGUCCGCGAUAAAGAAAGACGGCA